CAGAGGCAUAUUUUGGUAAAUUUUACUCUGUAAAAAGGUUACCGUACAGUGGGCCAAUCUUCGAUAUAGGUUACCGUAAAGUGGGUCGGUCUUCGAUAUAGGUUACCGUACAGUGGGUCACUAGGAAAUUCCUGUGGGAAUUGAUUUCCCACAGGAUAAUAAGGGAGAACGUCACAUGGGUGAGAGGCGAUAAAAAUGUGUGUACUUGUUCAACGAUAGAAGGUCAGUUACUGCGGUACAGUGAAUACAAUGACCGCAGUUAGAAUAGGGGCGGAUCCCAUCGAGGCGUUAGUGGAUGAAAAAGUUUGGAUUACGGUGGAUGGUCUGUCCCCCAAUGAACCGGUCACGAUCAAAGCCUCCUUGGAAGAGGAUAACAAGAAGUUCAGUUCCUAUGGGUGCUUCACCUCCAUGGAGAGAGGACGGGUGGACCUGGGCACCCAGCCCUCGCUACAAGGCACCUACACAGGCGUGGAUUCCAUGGGUAUCCUUUGGAGUAUGGGCCAGUAACCUUGUCAUGAACGGCGCAUCAGAUUUCAGAAGAGAGACGUGACUACCCCCGUUGUAGUCAACAUUAAAGUGUUUAAAGGACACACCACCUGGGAUAAUCUUUUUGAUCCGCACCUGAAACCUUUGGCGGAAUCCCAGAUCUACAGACGGUAUAUGGCCAAGAGUGUUCGAAGAGAGAAAGUGAGGCAUGGAAAUAUAAGAGGCGUU